AUCAAAACUAAAUCUAUCUUAAAGUUUAUCCAACUAAAAAAACGACUAGAUACACAACUCAUCAAUUCUUCCGAACCAUCAAAUCUAAUCGAAUCCACUUUAACUUUAUCAGAAAUAGAAAGCCUUAUCAAUCCUAAUAAUCAGUACCUAUCCCAUUCGAUCAACACAUUCAAAGCUAUUCAACACCAUUUAAAUCCAAUCCAAUCCACUCGUGAAAGCCUUCAAUCACAAAUGACCCAAAUCUUAAACAAAGGAUUACUUCAACUAGACAAGACUUUACUUUCCACAUCUUUUCAGACCGCUUACAAUCUUUCAAUCUUACCUGAAUCUAUUACUUUACUCAUCCAAACCCUUACCCAAUCUAUCCAUUCCAAAAUCAAAUCAACUUUCGACCUCAACUCUUUAUCCAAACAAUCUAAUCUACAAGAUCAGACACACUCUUCUAGUUUCGUAUACAAAUCAAGAUCACGUACCGAACCUACUUUAUCGAACCAUUCAUCAUGGACAACCUGUUUAUGGACAAGACUAGAAUCAUUAAUUGACGAUCUCACUUCAACUUGUAUAAAAGUUUACACAUUAGAAAAAGUUUUGGAAUGGAAAAAAACUUCUUCGACAAUGUCACUUCAAGUAAAAAGUUUUUUGGAUGAGGUGGUUGAGAAGGAUGGUGGAUUGGAUGGGGUGUUGCCCAGGACUGUUUUUUGGAGAACGGUUUGUGUGGCUUUAGAAAAAGAGUCUAGAGAAGCAUGUAGAGGUUCGAAUUUUAUUAACCAAACUCUCACAAGUUCGUAUCCAAAACUCCUACGACUCCUGCACGACUUCUUUUCCCGAAUCUCACUCCACACCCACACAACUUAUAGCUCAUCAACUCAAUCACCCGAAACGAUUCUAAUGCUUCGAUCAAUCUCGGCUUUCGAAACGGUUUAUCUUGAAAGAUCUAAGCAAAGGAUGAUGGAAGGUUUGAAGGUUUUGAAGAGCGAUGAAAGGUUUGGACCGGUCGUUUUGAAUGAGUUGGAUGUGGCUAGGUUUGAUCCUUUGUUGAUUCGAUUGGUAGUUAAGAAUUUGAAGGAGGUUUUGGAUGAGUAUUUGAUUAGGAUUUCGGAUCGAAUUGAUCGUGAUCAGUAUUCUGUGAUGGGAUUAGGUUCGAACCUUUUGAACGGUUCAAAGUCUUUGAAUAUCGAAAGCUCAAAUCUGAUAUCGAAUCUGAUCGAAACACUAAACCAAGUGAUGAACGAGUACGAAAGCACGAACCCAGAGAUAUCCCAGACGUUACAAACAAUGGUGAACCGAGCAGAAGCCACUCAAAAAGAGAUAAUCGAUCCGAUGAUCAGAUUGAUCAAACGAGAGAUCUCAGUCUUGGUUGGAAGAAUGCAUUCGAACUCGAAACAGUCUCGUACCAAACCCGACAGUUAUUUAUCAGAUCUGAUGGAAAGAAUAAGUCGAAUGAAAAGCGAAAUCGGACAUGAAAUGAAAUCAGAAGUUUUUAUUUAUCAAAUCGUUUCCUACACAAUCAGGUGUGGAUUGUUUCAUCUUUCAUUAAGGGAUGGAAGAGAUGAGAAGAGUAGGUUGGGAUUGAUUUCAGAAGUUUCUGAACUUGAGAUUGGUUUGACUCAAUGGAUUGAAGAGGAUGAAGUAAGGUUUGGAAGAGAUUUGGUAGGCUUGGUGGGUAUGUUACGUGAUUUGAGAGAGUUUAAACGGGUUAUUUUUAUGUUUGAGAUUGGGGAAUUGGAAAAAGAAAUCGGAUCGAAUGGAGAAGGAAAAGAGGAGGAGGAUGAAGAGUUUAGGAAAAUGAUUGUUCUGCAACAUUUACUGAGUAGAGCAUCUGUACAGGUUCAAAGGGUUUUGGGUUGGAAUGAAGUCGAGUAUUGGAAAUGGUUAGAAGAACAUUUAGGUAGUAUUGAGGAUUGGAAAUCUUUGGUGAAAAGAGUUUUGCAGGAAAUUGGGUUUGGGGAUCAGAAGAAUGAGAAGAAUGGGAAUGGGGAAUUGGAUUUGGUUAGAAAGGUUUUAGGAUUAGGGAAUGGGGCUCAGAGGAAAUAGAUGAGGUUUUUUGGGUUAAGAAGGGUUGGGUUGGGUGAGGGGUUGAGGGGAUAUGGUUGAAAGAGGUUGGUGGGAUUGAAGAUUUGUGGAAGUUUGGUUGGAUUUUAGUUUAUUUUAGGGUCAUCAAAUCGGGUUUGGUUUUAAAACUUAUGGACAUUUUUAGAAUAAGAUAGAUCUGCUUAAGAAAGAUAAUUAAAAGAUGUACAUAUGGUAGAUAGUUGAAUGAUCAUCAUUUGGAGGUGUUGAUUUGAAUGAUCAUUCAGGGCAUGUUCACUUAAGGAAAUUCUGACCAGAAAUCAUAUUCUGG